AUGUCGGCCAAGAAUAGCACCGCUUCUAUUGCUUCCAAGUACAAGCAAGAACGGAUUCGUGACAAUCAGCGCCGCAGCCGUGCCCGACGCCAGGAAUAUCUUGCGGAUCUCGAGAGACGGGUUCAUGAGUCGUAUAUUGCCUGUCGUGAGGCGGACCUUCAACGCAUUGCUUUUGCCGAUCUGAAAGCUGAAAAUGCUCGUUUGCGAGACCUAUUGAAGUCUGUUGGUAUCGAUCCAGGUCGCAAGCAAAUCGACGAUCGAAAAGACGCGCCUCGCAACGCGACUGAUGUUGCGCCUGCUUCGUUUCGACAAAUAAUGCCCAAAUUAUCGGCACCCAAGAUACCAGGUCCCCUGCCUACCAGACAACAGGAAUGCAGAAGUGGGACAUGUUGUUCAACAUGCUCGUAUUCGCCACGCUGCCCUCCACAGCCUGCCGCGUCCACUGAAAAUAUUGGAGCCUUGUAUGAUCAAUGCCCCGACCAGCUUAUGACCCUUCCGACAACACCCGCAGCGACACCCGCAAUGACAAUAUCCUCCGUGACGAAUGUCUCCCCAAGCACCGCUCUGGAUGACGAAACGGCAAAGGAGUGUCAGGACAGUACCUCCAUUUGUGAUACAAUUCAUGUACCCUCGAACGAGGCUCUACCAGAGGACGAAUAUAGCGUUCAAUGCUCAGUAAUCAAAGGGAUCGAACAUCUCGAUACGCGAACCAGUACGAACAACAACACUGUCUCGACCAACCUGGAUCAAAAUGGAAGUCAGGAGGCGGAACAGCUAUACAUACAAGUGAUGGAGACCAGUUUGAGGGUGUUAGGAGCCGAGCAUGUCUCGACGCUCACUAUCAUGGCCCACCUGGCGUCGAUAUACAGGAGUCAAGGGCGAUGGAAAGAAGCGGAAGAGCUGGACGCGCGACUAUUGGAGGCCAGAAUGAGGGUGCUUGGUGCGGAGGAUCUCUGA